CCUGUCUCCAUCUCACCGACUCCGAAGCCACCGACCCGCCCACCAGGCUAAAUCCGAUCCCUCCAAUGCUGUCGCUGGCCUCUCUUGCGGUUGUUGUCCUUGCCUCCCGUCUCGCACUCGGCCAGCCGCCCGGCCCUGGCCCCGAGUGCCAGCUCGUCGGCACCACUGGGCCGUGCCGAGCCAGCAUCGAGAGCUUCUACUUUGAUCCCGAGCAGGGUUGCGUUUCGUAUAUCUGGGGUGGCUGCGGCAGCGAGCGAAUCUUUGCGUCCAAACUGGACUGCCUGAAGAGCUGCGCGCCUGAGCUCAUCAAGUGCAGCGACAACCCCUGCUCUGCCAACGAAAGCUGCAGUUACGAUGAAACCCUGAACUGCUUCGUGUGGCCGUGCCCAAAAUAUUCAUGCCAUAAGAAAGCAUGAGCCCCCUGCAGCUCCAGCCCCCGAGUGACCCCAUACCUCCAUCUCGCGUCGUGCCAAGCCAUUCAUUACCCCCCCCCUCCAACAUCCCUCUGUCCAGACCCCUCUUUCCUGGGCGAGCUGUUUUGCGCUGAAUUUUGGUUUGCGGAUAGCGUUGCAGGGCGCUGUGCAAAUACAGAUCGCUCGCUAUCCUGCUAUGAUAUGCCGAGUCACAUCGGUCUCGAUGGGGCUGCACCGCAC